CUCAGCGGCUGCGCAGACUGGCGCGCGCGGGUGGUCAUGGGACUUCAGCAUGGCGGUGUUUGCAGACUUGGACGUGCGAGCGGGUUCUGACCUGAAGGCUCUGCGCGGACUUGUGGAGACAGCGGCUCACCUUGGCUAUUCAGUUGUUGCUAUCAAUCAUAUCGUUGACUUUAAGGAAAAGAAACAGGAAAUUGAAAAACCAAUAGCUGUUUCUGAACUCUUCACAACUUUACCGAUUGUACAGGGAAAAUCAAGACCAAUUAAAAUUUUAACUAGAUUGACAAUUAUUGUCUCGGAUCCAUCUCACUGCAAUGUUUUGAGAGCAACUUCUUCAAGGGCCCGGCUCUAUGAUGUUGUUGCAGUUUUUCCAAAGACAGAAAAGCUUUUUCAUAUUGCUUGUACACAUUUAGAUGUGGAUUUAGUCUGCAUAACUGUAACAGAGAAACUACCAUUUUACUUCAAAAGACCUCCUAUUAAUGUGGCAAUUGACCGAGGCCUGGCUUUUGAACUUGUCUAUAGCCCUGCUAUCAAAGACUCCACAAUGAGAAGGUAUACAAUUUCCAAUGCUCUCAAUUUGAUGCAAAUCUGCAAAGGAAAGAAUGUAAUUAUAUCUAGUGCUGCAGAAAGGCCUUUAGAAAUAAGAGGGCCAUAUGACGUGGCAAACCUAGGCUUGCUGUUUGGGCUCUCUGAAAGUGAUGCCAAGGCUGCGGUAUCCACCAACUGCCGAGCAGCACUUCUCCACGGAGAAACUAGAAAGACUGCUUUUGGAAUUAUUUCUACAGUGAAGAAACCUCGCCCAUCAGAAGGGGAUGAAGAUUGUCUUCCAGCUUCUAAGAAAGCCAAGUGUGAGAGCUGAAAAGAAUGCCCCAGUCUCUGUCAGCACUCCCUCUUCCCUUUUAUAGUUCAUCAGCCACAACAGAAAUAAAACCUUUGUGUGAUUUACUGUUUUCAUUUGGAGCUAGAAAUCAAUAGCCUAUAAAAACAGUUUUACUUCCAAUCCAUUAAAACAACAAA